UGCCUCGUUUGCUGCAUGUGGAUCGCCUUAGCAGCCUUAGCCACUGUCGGGGCCCAAGUGGUCCCCCAAAACGCUCACUGUGUCGUCUACACAGACAGCUGCGGACAGUUACUGGACACCCUCCCGGUGUGCCAAGAUUUUAAUCGACAAGUGUGCAACCGUCCCGCCUGCAAGUUUAUCCAUCUCAGUGACGGAAACGUAGAGGUGAUCGAGAAUCGCGUAACCGUGUGCAGGGACGCAGUGAAGGGCGCUUGCAUGCGACCCCAGUGUAAAUAUUAUCAUAUACCAGUCGCGUUGCCGCCGGCGCCCCUGAUGGCGAUCACAUCACCUGCGACGCCUUAAUUACUUCUCGUUGAGCGGAUGCGGAUGUGUAUCACGGCGAGGCGAGCAGUAAGAACGGAAAGCCAGCCAGGAAAGUGAAAACAGGAACCGGAGUACGGAAAGGGACUUCUUUAAUUAAAGGGAGGAAAAAGAGCCGAGCGAAAGUGAACAAAAGAGUAACAAAGUAAUAAAUAGGAAAAGGAACGACGAGCGAACAAACGAACGAGAGCUUCUCGAACACGCGUUUCGCCGGAUCACGAUUGGAUCUGUGAUCGUCUCGUCGAGGAAAAUCGAAGGGGGAAAGAAAGACGGGGUGGCUCAACAGGAACACGUGUUCUAAUGUUCUCAUCCUCGUCGUUUUCUUCUUCUCCGUCGUCGUCGUCGU